CCUGUUUCGUUCACAAGCAGGAAAUAGUUCUCCUCCGAUUUAGGCACCUUCAAAGCCAACAAUGAUGCUCGCAACGCUCAAAGCGGAAGAACAGAGCCAGCAACUUCAGAUUGUAGAGCGCGAAGAUAUUGAGGAUGAAGACGACUUGUUCGAAGCAAUCGAUAAACUGACUUCUCAUGGAAUUAAUGCUGGAGACGUGAAGAAGCUUCAGGAUGCAGGGAUAUACACUUGCAAUGGUUUGAUGAUGCACACGAAGAAGCACUUGACAGGGAUAAAAGGUUUAUCCGAAGCGAAGGUUGAUAAGAUCUGCGAAGCUGCCGAAAAGCUAGUGAAUUUUGGUUAUAUCACUGGAAGCGACGUUCUUCUCAGGAGAAAGUCUGUAGUUCGCAUUACGACUGGAAGCCAGGCUCUCGAUGAACUCUUAGGAGGUGGAAUUGAAACUCUAGCGAUCACGGAAGCUUUUGGAGAAUUCAGGUCCGGGAAAACGCAACUCGCGCAUACUCUAUGCGUCUCUACGCAGCUUCCCACCAACAUGCGGGGAGGGAAUGGAAAGGUUGCAUACAUCGACACUGAAGGCACUUUCCGACCUGAUCGAAUUGUGCCUAUAGCUGAAAGAUUUGGCAUGGACCCGGGAGCUGUGCUAGAUAAUAUCAUAUAUGCUCGUGCCUACACCUACGAACAUCAGCAUAACCUCUUGCUCGGCCUUGCGGCAAAAAUGUCUGAAGAACCGUUUAAACUUCUGAUUGUUGACUCUAUCAUUGCACUUUUUCGAGUGGAUUUCACUGGAAGAGGAGAACUUGCAGAGCGCCAGCAAAAACUGGCGCAGAUGCUGUCCCGAUUAACUAAAAUUGCAGAAGAGUAUAAUGUAGCAGUUUACAUGACCAACCAAGUUGUUGCAGACCCAGGUGGAGGAGUGUUCGUAUCAGACCCAAAAAAACCAGCAGGAGGCCACGUUCUUGCCCAUGCUGCCACGGUAAGACUGAUGUUCAGGAAAGGCAAAGGAGAACAACGCAUCUGUAAGGUGUUUGAUGCUCCUAAUUUGCCAGAGUCUGAAGCUGUUUUUCAGAUAACACCAGGGGGCAUUGCAGAUGCAAAGGAUUGACGUCUCAUGUGGUGCUGGAAAAUUAAAGGAAACACAGGUUGAAAUGUUUUAAACUUUUCAUCUAGUUACUGGAUACAUAUUUUUAUCUUGAAGUGACAGUAUGUAGGACCCUAUGUACAUUGUAUCUUCUAGCAUCCAUAACGUCUUUAGCUACCCCAUAUGCAAUC